UGGAUUGGGACUCUGAGACCCGGGUAAAGGGUCGAAUCUCCAAAAACAAGCAGGUCAGUUCACACCACAUCUAAAGGAAGACAUUAUCAUUGGUCCUUUUAAUCGUGUCGAGAUCAUGUUAUACCAGUCAUCUUCUCCCAGGUAUCUUCCAGGUAGCUAGAGGCAGCUUUGGGAUGCUUUCACCCGUGCCCUCCUCGCAUGACAACUCCUCCUCACCGACUUCGCAACCUCCAGCGCGUAGCCAGAUAUCUGUAGUCGCUUCUGCGUCGAAGACUGUGCUGCACCACUUCAAAAAACAUGUAGGCGUCGGUGUCAUAUGCGCCGUAGGCUAUUUCGAUCCCGGUAAUUGGAGUGUCGACAUUCAAGCUGGCGCUAGCUUUGGCUAUCGACCUAUGCUAUUCGUCAUUUUUCUAGCCGGAAUUAUUGCAAUUGUUCUGCAGGUGUUGGCAGCUAGACUCGGCUGCGUCACUGGUCUGGAUUUGGCUCACCAUUGUAGACUACUUCUUCAUGAUCAUCCAAGACACCCACGGUUGGUCCGGCGACUUGUGCUGUAUCCUCUCUAUGCACUAUGCGAAAUAGCCAUCAUCAGCACGGACCUUGCAGAAUUACUUGGGUCAGCAAUCGGUCUUUGCCUACUUUUUCCAAAACUCCCCCUGUGGUCUGCUGUACUUCUUACUGGUGUCGACGUUUUCAUCUUCCUCAUCAUAGGCGACCCCUCACGAACAGGACGUCCGGUGCGAUUAUUCGAGCUGGUGAUCAUACUAUUGGUUGCAAUGGUCUUUGUAUGUUUCAUCUUGCUACUCGUCAGGGUUCACCCAGACUGGCAACAAGUAUUUUUGGGCUUUGUGCCGUCGGCUGGUCUUCUUCAGGCACAGCCUAACGCAGUUUACACAGCUAUCGGAAUUCUUGGUGCUACGGUCAUGCCCCAUGCGCUGUUUCUGGGCUCGAAUCUUGCAACCCAAGAUCGUGUUUCACAACCGCCCCAGCCACUUCCGACACCUUCCGACACAAGAGAGGUGUCAUUUCUCCAGAGACUUCAGCGGUUUUGGAAGAGUAUCUUAUACAUUUCACGAUCAGAACGUAAUGGCUUGAAAGACUAUACCUCCCGACACGAAUUUCGCCAGAACAACUCGGUAGAAUUCAUUCGCGCUCAUCUUGGCCACGGAACUGUGGAUGUAAUUCUAAGUUUACUGGGACUUGCGGUGCCAAUCAACUCAGCGAUAUUGAUUUUGGCCGCUACUAUGUUUUAUUCGUCUGGGAACGACUCCUCGAUCGGACUGGUCAACAUGCAUACAUUGAUGCUACAAAGCCUUGGUACAGCCGCAGCCUUACUCUAUGCACUCGCCCUCGUCUGUGCAGGCCAAACUGCCAGUGUUACUGCAACGCUUGCGGGUCAAAUUGUCUCUGAAGGGUUUAUAUCGUGGAAUGUAUCCCCAUUCGUCCGCCGUCUUCUCACGCGCCUGAUCAGUCUGAUACCCUCCAUGGUCGUGGCUAUUUCAUCUGGGGGGUCAGGGAUUAACGCUCUUCUCAUUGCAUCACAAGUCGCCCUGUCUGUUGUCCUCCCCUUUGUCGCAUUCCCCCUCAUCUACCUGACCUCGUCAAAAAUGGUGAUGUCUGUUAGAACGCCGAAAAUGAGCCAAGAAAAACUCACGGACGCCUCACCGAUACCUUCCACGCAUCCGGUAUCUGUUUCUGACGCACUGCCUACAUAUCAGCCGCCCUUGCCUGUGCACACUUGCGUUACCGUUGUCGAGCGCAAAAGUGAUGAUCCGAUCAAGCGUUCGUCGACACAGGAACAUGUCGUCGUCGACUACAGUAAUGGAUAUAUUUUUACAGCCUUCGCAUAUACCAUCUGGGUGGUGGUAUUAAUUGCCAACAUUUAUGCGAUUGCGAUGCUUGGAAUGGGACAAACGGGAUAGUGAAUGACAUACGAAUAGAAUUUGUUAUAGGAUACAUCCUCAGGUAGAUAUUAGAAUUUGCAUAAUUAUGCUUGCGGCGCCUAAUCUAUUCUUGCGGACACUUCAC